AGUGUUGUUUUACAUUGCAAAGGUACCAAACCCUUUUACUUCAUUUCCCGUACAACAAGUUCCCUUCAACUUACACCUUUAAUAAACCUAAUUCUUAUCACUUUGCAAUAUAAUUUCUUCUAUAUUUAUUGGGUUGAAUCCACCUUAGUACUGUUAAGUGAAGACUAAUAAGCGAAACUCCUUCUGUUUGGCUUCAAUUUUUCACCUUUACCCUAUUCUGAUAGCUGGAUUAUUCUCUAUCGAUUUCUGUGUUGGGUUUGUUUUCAUCUGAUCUGAAUGGCUCCAAACACAAAAUCACUUAUUGGGUAUUUCAGAUUUUCUUGCUUUGGAAGUUAUUCUUGAUAUUGAUUGGAAGCUAUUAAUCCCCUAUUUUUGUCUUGCUGCCUUUCUGAUAAUAUAUGGGCUGAGGUGCACAUUUCAUGGGAGGUGUAGGGGAUGAUGAACCAGCCUCAAAGCGCAUGAAAUUAUCCUUUGUAGAACUGAGAAGCCUUUCAAACGGUUCCGCUGUAACAGAGCCCAUAGCUGGGUCGUCGAGAGGCUUGAUGGCUCGGCCCAUAAAAUCUGAAGGGGAUGAAGAAGUUAUUGGUCCAAAAGGAGUUAUUAAAAGAGUGGAAUUUGUCCGAAUAAUAGCCAAGGCUCUAUAUUCUCUUGGUUACAAGAAGAGUGGUGCUCUUCUUGAGGAAGAGUCAGGGACACCCUUGCACUCGCCAGUGGUUAAUCUGUUUAUGCAACAAAUUCUUGAUGGAAAUUGGGAUGAAAGUGUGGCAACACUACCUAAAAUUGGUGUACUGGAUGAGAACGUUGUUAAGUCAGCUUCUUUCUUGAUAUUGGAGCAGAAAUUUUUUGAACUUUUGGAUGGGGAGAAGGUCAUGGAUGCUUUGAAGACUUUGAGGACUGAGAUCACUCCUCUUUGUAUUAAUAAUGGCAGGGUACAUGAGCUUUCGUCCUUUAUUGUGUCUCCUUUUCAGUGUGUUUUGGCAGGGUCUCCAAAACGAGAUAUUGUGAGGGCAAAGUCUCGGUCCAAACUGCUGGAGGAAUUACAGAAACUGCUUCCCCCAACGAUCAUGAUACCUGAAAGAAGGUUAGAACAUUUAGUUGAACAAGCCCUUAUAUUGCAACAAGAAGCCUGUUUGUUUCACAACUCAUUAGACAAGGAUAUAUCAUUGUACACUGAUCACCACUGUGGAAGAGAUCAGAUUCCAUCUCGAACAUUACAGGUAUUAGAGGCUCACACAGAUGAAGUUUGGUUCUUGCAAUUUUCACAUAAUGGUAAAUACCUAGCUUCAUCAUCCAAUGAUCGGUCAGCAAUCAUAUGGGAGGUUGAUAUGUAUGGUAGAGUGGCAUUAAAGCAUAAAUUAUCUGGUCACCAGAAACCUGUUUCCUGUGUUUCAUGGAGUUCUGAUGACCAGCAGCUCCUCACUUGUGGAAUAGAGGAGGCUAUCCGGCGUUGGGAUGUUUCCUCUGGUGAAUGCCUCCAGGUCUUUGAAAAAGCUGGUGUUGGCCUGGUGUCUUGCGGAUGGCAUCCAGAUGGGAAAUGUAUAUUCUCUGGUGCUAAUGAUAAGAGUAUCUGCAUGUGGGAAGUAGAUGGGAAACAGCUCGAGUGUUGGAAAGGGCCUCGAACUUUAAAGAUUUCUGAUUUGGAGAUAACUAGCAAUGGGAAGCAAAUUAUAAGUAUGUGUAGAGAAACCACAAUACUAUUACUUGACAGGGAAGCAAAUGCUGAGAGAUUUAUCGAAGAGGACCAAACGAUAACAUCAUUCUCAUUGUCUAGGGAUAACAGGUUCUUGCUGGUUAAUCUUCUGAAUCAAGAAAUCCAUCUUUGGAACAUAGAGGGAGAUGUUAACCUUGUUGCCAAGUACAAAGGGCAUAAACGUGCUCGUUUUGUUAUUAGGUCCUGUUUUGGUGGGCUCGACCAAUCUUUUAUUGCCAGCGGGAGCGAGGAUUCACAGGUUUAUAUAUGGCAUAGAGCCUCAUGUGAGCUCGUAGAAGCAUUACCAGGUCAUUCUGGGGCUGUUAAUUGUGUAAGCUGGAAUCCAGCAAACCCUCACAUGUUGGCAUCAGCCAGUGACGAUCGAACAAUUCGGAUCUGGGGCUUGAAAGAUCUGAAAUAUCUGAAUGUGAAGCGGGCAGAGUGUCACAGCAAUAGCAAUAGCAAUGGCAACCACUAUUGCAAUGGAGGAACUUGAAAUCUCAAGUGUGGAAUCUUCAUCCCGGAUUUCUUUGACCAUUGCUUGUAUGUAAAUACAUCAUUUUCAUUCCAAGCUGACAUUCAUAUCAAACAGGCUUGUGAACGGUGCAGCAUUAAUAAAUCUGCUAUUUUACUUUUAACAUUCAA